AAAACAAAACCAAACGGACCUUGAUUUUCUUCAAAGACCGUUGAAUUCACCGAAAAAAAAAUACCGGGGUUCAUUGAUACUAUCGAUGAAAUCGACGGGCUGGGUACCGGCAUUUUGAGAUGACACCCACGCCGCGCUCGUACGACGUUGAACUUGAAAAUGGCAUUGCGUGAAGAUCUCUUCUUCUUAUCUCUUUGUUGAGAACGUCGGUGAGACGAAAAAAAGUGGAACCAUUUAAUCGUUCCUUAUUUCGAGCGCGAACGAGACGCGUCGACUGUACAAAUACAUAGGAAUGAGAAAAAAAUUAUACCGGGUUCCCUGCGAAGUAUUGAAUGCUCGGUGUUGCCGUACGGUAUAUCGUGGUACAUGACGAAAAGUAACUAAACCACAUCCCGCAACCGAACGAAACCAAACUCAUCGUAUAAAUAUCACGUGAGCCAUCCCCGAGACGAUGUGAAGCUGCUGCUGCUGCUGCUGUUGCCGUUGCCCGUUGCUUGUUACCGCUUCUUCUUCUUCUUCUUCUUCUUGUUCUUCUUCUUCCUCCGCUUCUUCUCUGCUUCAUCUUCUUCGUCUACCGCCGCCGUUGCUGCUACUUUGGUUGCGAGUCUGCGCUAUUUAGAAUAUCUUCGCUUAGCGGGAGACUUCUUCAAGCGAACGAGAGGAGAGAGCGACUUUACGCGGAUCUUCUUUACGAAUAGUUCGUUUGUCUUUAAGGGUCCUGAAAAGUGUGAUACUAUUUUCUACGACGUUAACACUUACAAUCCAACGACAGAACAACGAUCGUCGAUCCGGAGUGAGAGAUGCGGAAAAUUUUCGACGAUCAUCGAUCACGCGAGGACGUCGAAAAAUAAAUGAGAAAGAACGUCGAAAAGAUUCCAGUGAAAUUUUCAUUCGAUCAAAUUACCAGCGUAUCCAAUCGGUGAACGGAGUUACAGUGAUUAAAAAAAAAAUUACCGUCCGUGUGACCGCUGCGAAAUUCACGCGGACGAUCGCUGCGGUAAACUUUUACGUAUAUAUACCGCAUCGCUGGUACGGAGUGAAGUGAAAGCGGAAGUGCACAACUUGAAAAUUGAUCUAUUAAAAUCUCAUCAAUCUCGAGCCACUUUAAUCAGAGAAAACUUCAUCAAAAGAGAAUUUAUCGGGAAGGAAGGAAAAAAACGAUAACGAUGGACGAUACAUGAUUAGCAGGGUGAGGGAAGGAUGAAGAAUGCCCCGCGGCGCCGGGGAAGGAGGCGAGAAAUCGAGCAGCGGUGGCGGUUUUGGAGGAUGGCUCGGAGGGGCCGCAAGAGCGAUGACUGGGGGAGCUGGUGGCGGUUACGUGGUCCUCGGCGGUACCAGAUACGGUCUGAGACUAUCUCAGGUGACGAAACCGUGCCGACAGGAGAGCAUACCCCCGGCGAGCACUCGGGAGGAGUCGUCGGAGCGUCGAAAAAAGAGGAAUUCGAAGGAGGGCGGCGGAGUGACGGGGGAUUCGAAUUCCCGGGAACGUUUGACAGAUAAUAAAUCGUUGUCGAGUAACGUCGGGGUCGGGGUAACCGGAAGUCCCGAAAAACCGGGACUGGACAUAGCGAGCAGCGUGGCCGAUUGUUGCUGCAUAGGACCGCGUUCCCGUCUCCCGUUACCGAAGUCCUCGAACGUCAACGUUCUACCGAUGAGUUCGAAUCCCGCAUCCCUAGCCUCCUGUAACGCCGGUUUCAAUAACUUCGGUAACUUUGGAUCGGGGGUUGCGAACGCCAGUAGCGGGAACAAUAUUAACGGUCCGACGACGCGUACGACAACGUUGGCCGGUGCGCCGAUACCAGCGGCUGAACACCAGCUUCCAACUGCUUCACCAGUAACACAACUGCCGCCAAACUUCUUGGCUAAUAAUAAACAAGGAGGCGGUUUGCAGGCAGCCAGCCAUGGAUCGUCCGCGACCUCACCGCCAGCUUCAGUGGUCCACUCAGUGUCGGUGCCACGACAGCUUGCCCAGUGGACCAAACACCAAACCCUCAAGUUACAGGAGCCAGCUGUGACAGCAGUGGACCGUUUGCACAGAUUCAGGUGGAGUGGGGGCGGAGGGGGAAGCGGGAAAAAAUCCUCUUCCAGCCCCCGCAGUGACAAGGCCGAACGGCUGAGGGAACUCACGGAAAAAUUGAAGGGACCAGCGCCGGUUCCACCGCCCCGACGACCUUCGCGUUUGCACGCCUCUUCGCCGCCGCCGAUCUCCAGUCAUCAGCAAAAUCAGCAGCAGCAUCAUCAUCAUCCGGUUUAUCAGCAGAGUCCCCAGUCGGCGCCGAUACAAAAUUGCGGACGUUGCAGCGACGGAAGACCCGCGGGUUUUCGCAGUUACACGUACAGCGAAGGUAGCGGAGGAUCGGUAGGAGGGAACAAUUUCGUUACGUCGCACAAUCAAUCGAAACCUGUAUUCCAACGUAGUGAAAGUGUGAGUGAAGAGUGUGCGCGUGACGAUAACGGCGAUAAAAAGAAUCGCGAGAUUCACAGUGCUAGGUCGUCGUCGUCGGCCUCUUCGAAUCGAGGUUCGAAAACUUCUCUGAAAAGCAUAUCCAACGAUCAUAACGUGGGAAACAGUGCGAUCUCCGCAGGGGAGCUCAGUGACGGUAAUACAAGGGUCGCUAAUUCGAGUGGUGAACCGGGUAACAGUGUCGCGUCGGAUACGAAACAUUCGCGACAGUACAGUGAUCCGGUUGUUCGAGACUCCGCGAGUGCGGCGAAAACCACAUCCGAACGGUAUACGACCGAUUCGGUUCCUCCCGCGGAACCGAGUAGCACGGCGUCCGGCGGAAGUAGCGAAGGAGAGGCCAGGGAUGCCGUCACCCGUCUCGAACCGAGGGGUCCGCUUCUGUCCAGCGGUUACCACAGGCCGGGGGCACCCUACAGAAGCGCUUCCUUCGGCCAGGUGGACUUCAGCCAAGGCAGCAGGCUCAAGGUCCAGCCGAACUCCCGUUCGGACCUCGACGUCCAAACGGAGCACGGCAAACACCUCCUUCAGGAUGUGAGGGCGAGCACGUUGCCGCGACGUCGCGGCGACGCGAGUCCCGGGGGUGCUACGCCGCGACACAGUCCGGGUCGUCAGAGUCCCAGGGCGAGUACUACGAGCGUCGACAGCGCGGUGGGAUCCGCCGAGGGUCUCGGUGGCACGAAUCAAGGACUCCAGGAGGAGAUACGUCCGAGGAGCGACGGGUCCGACAGCCUGGCGACCUCCAGCGCGCUGACCAGUCCGGAACCCCCCGUCCCCGAGAGCCACGAGCCCAGAGUCGAUCUCGUUCCUACCGAACUGUCCGCCCCCGAGUUCGUACCGGAUUCCUCCGAGGUCCUGGAAACGGCCGUCGAGGAGGUCGUGCACAGAGAUUCGAGGAUCGAACCGCACGAGGUGAUCGUCACCCCGCCACCGGAGGAGCCGCGUUUGAGCCAGGCGUCGGAGGGCAGCGAGGCGCCUAGCGAAACGCCGUCGGAGGCGUCUUCGCCGGGGAAGAGCCGACGCUAUCGCGGCGACACGAGUAAACGGAGAAAGGGUGUGUACAUCACUCAGUGGCCGGAACCCUCGGAUUCCGACCGUAACAAACUGGCCGCCCAGAGCAGCGAGGAACGCGACGACGUCCCGGCGACGCCGAGCGACCUCUCCGACUGCGAAGGUCACACCCCGAGAAGGUACAGCAAAAGACCUCUUCGCGGUCCGUACGGUCAGAUGCUGGAAGCGGAAAUGGCGAAGCCGAGGGCCCCGGACAUCGGACUGGACGGGGGACUCAGACCGAGGCGAAAAGUGUCGGCCAAUUUAUCGUACAGCGCUGGAACGAACAGCAACUCCGAACCGCCGACACCCUGUCAUCACAGGACGACUUCCAGUCCGAGCAAACUGGAAGGACUUCCCGGCCCGAGUCCCGAACUCCUCGCCGAACUGCUCAGAGGUUCUUCGGAACGAGUGGCCAGAGCUCCGGCCCACCGAAACGAUACCAGGACUCACGUCGUCGUCGAACUUUACGACACCGAAAGAUCCUACGUCGAAGCUCUACAGAUACUAGUCAAUAAAUAUCUUCAGCCCCUGAAGAGCCCGGAGAAUAGCGGUCUCGUAGAUUGCGCAACUGUGGACGAAAUAUUUUACCAGGUUCCAGCGAUUUUGAGUCACCACGAAGUAUUCCUCGAAGAGUUGAGGAAAAGACUGGAGUCAUGGGAACUACGGCAAACUAUAGGCGACGUUUUUCUAGACGUGUUCACAAAGCCCGACGUCUUAGAGACGUAUACACUUUUUUUAGACAAUUGGAAGUCGGCGAAAAAAGCCAUAAAGACUACGUGCCAAGCGAAACCAGCGUUCGCAAGGUUUUUAGAGACAAUGGAGAGGGAGCACAAAGGGAAACUUGGCCUGGAUCAGCUAUUGAUAAAACCUGUACAAAAAAUUCCACGAUACGAGCUGCUCAUUCAAAGACUGCUCAAGCACACUGACCAGCAUCAUCCGGAUUACGAACUCCUAACGGCGGCUCAAAAGGAGGUCCACGAAUUAGUUGUUAAAAUUAAUUGUACCGAGAGGGAAUCGCUCGAAUGGGAACAGCAGCAAACUACGUUGAGAGAGGUGCAAGCUCUGGUCGAAGGAUUGGCUGGGAUCGUGACCAACGAUAGAGCCUUUGUCAGACACGAUUUGGUGACGAUCGCCUCGAAUCAAGGAACCCGCAAGGAGAGGGCUCUGUUCUUGUUCUCCGAUCUCUUGGUGAUCACCAGCAUAAAACGAAGGAGCGGCACGAUAAGAAAACCUUCGACAAGUUCCUGUCCAAAUAGUUUAGUCGGACUUUUAGAAGCUAACAAGUACAAAAUGCUGAUGAGGAUAGCUCUGGAUGAUCUGGAGGUGAUGAAGGCCAAAGACGAGAACCUCAGACGUAUGGCGCGCGAAGUUGAUCACCUCAGGGAAGACUGUUCGACGUUGACUCAACUGACGGAAUUGGCUGCAAAUUUGCACGGCGCUAAGCAACAAUUGGAAGAGGUGAUAAAGGAGCUUCUUGGACAAACGCAGAGGCAACUGGCCGAGAGAAACGCGGCCCAUUCGCAACUGGCUUGUCUCGAGUUGACACUGAACACUCAAGCCGGAAUAGAAAACAUAUCCGUAAUGUUCACGAAGCCGGACAAACGAGCCAGUUGGGAGGAGAGUUUCAACGACGCCAAGCAGAAGUUGGCUCUCUCAGCGGACAGGAGACCUUGUCCGGACUUUGUCGGUCCCUUACCCAUACGAAAAACACGGGCCGGUCUCCAGUUCACCUGCGCAGCACCGACACUGGCCAGCGGUCAAGGACCUCGGGACGUCUGGGUCUGCAACAGCGACGGAUACGUUGGUCAGGUCUGCGUUUUGAGUUUGACCCCAGAACCACCCCAAGUCACCUCCUGCAACGGAGUCUGCAACGCCAGGAUACUGUGCGUCGCCGGCAUUCCCGCCUGCACUCAAGGAUCAAACUCAUGCGCUCCGAACAACAAUCCUUUCAUCAGCAGCAAAAGUGGAAUCAGUAUUUCGGUUCAAGAUGCGGAUGCUACGGGUGGAAAUAUACAACUGGACAGUAGCUCAAGUUCCGAAGACUCGGAUUCUGAUUACAUUCCAUGUGCGGACGCCGGAAGUUCCUCUUUGGCCGGAGAUAUCUCGAGUUUAGAGGGUGUUGGUAUGGAGGAGGAACUCAACCAGCCGACUAUGUGGCUGGGAACUGAAGACGGAUGUAUACAUGUAUAUAACUGCAGCGAUAACAUCAGGAUAAAGAAGAACAAAGUCAAAAUACAGCACGGGAGCAGCGUCCACUGCAUAAUAUAUCUAGACAAUAAAGUUUUCGUAUCACUGGCCAACGGGGACAUCACCGUCUACUCCAGAGAUCACCUUGGCGGAUGGAUAACGAGCGACCCAACGACGAUAUCCGUUGGGACGGUGGCCUCUCCGGUUACAAAAAUGCUACCUGUGUCCGGCAAACUGUGGUGCGGUUGCCACAACACCAUAAAAAUUCUCAACACACAUCCGCUCGAGAUCGAGCACACUUUCGCCGUCAGCAACGACACCAGUCGACCGGUGUCCUGCAUGGCGAGUUCCGGAGGACCCGGGGUAUGGAUCUCCCUCCACAACAGCGCGGUCCUCAGAUUGUUUCACGCCGGGACUUACGAAUGCCUGACGGACAUAAACAUCGCCCCGGCUGUGACGAAAAUGCUUGCCACAGGUUGCGAUGACAUAAUAAGGCAGCACAAAGCGGCUUGUUUGAGGGUAACGGCUCUGCUGGCGUGCAACGAGCUAUUGUGGAUCGGUACGAGCGCCGGGGUGCUGUUGACGGUACCGAUUCCCCACAUCAAGUCGUCGAGCCAGAGAAUGUCGCAGCCGCCGAUGGUGACAGGAAUCCCCCACGGUCACACGGGACACGUGAGAUUUUUAACAUGCGUCGAGUCGGCGUCUCCGGUGAAGCCGGAUCCUCGUCCAAAGACGGAUCGUUACUCUCUGAAGUCGUCGAAGGUCCAACAGAACAAUAUCAACCUCGGUAAAUUAUUGGUAAUAUCGGGAGGUGACGGAUACGAGGACUUCCGCGGACCUCAGGCGUCCGCCGAACUACAGGCGGGAAGGGAGGACUCGACGAAUCACCUGCUACUUUGGAAGGUCUGACGGAAGCCUCGAAAACGGCCACUGAAAUGGCCUGGAAAUGAACUGAUAUAGAAAAAUUCGUCGAUUCGAUGACCCCGAAUCUAAGGAGGGAGGGUGUUACAACUGAUUUGAGCGACUGCGGCCCAAGGAGGAAAGUUAAAGAGAAUUUGAACGCGAAGAACGCUGAAAAUGGAGUCGCAAUCAAGUUUGCGUUGAGCUUCAGCGACGCAUAAGUACCUACGGAAAUAUUUUUUCUAGGUCGUAAAGAAGAGUUGAUUUCAAGAAACGAAGAUCGUUAAGCCUGGAUGUUGAAAUGAUUUUCAGAUGAGUGGAGAACACAUGAUUUUUCGCAAAUCUAAUCGCGGUAUUCCGAAAAUCCGUGGAUGACUUACGUGGAGUAGCUAUACGACAUCGGUUUUUCGCUGUACCAAAUAUGCGAAUGAGAAAUAGCUUGCAAAAAAUUUUCGUACCUAAUUAUUAAUCGCAAUCGCGUAAAAGGAAUACAAAAUCCGAUCGAUAAUAGUAACGCGAUGAAAUAUCUGUAACGCUACAAUUAUUAUUAAUUUUUCUUAAUCAAAAUGUAUCGGAACACGUCAUAAUCACAGUGACGAGGUGAACAUGUAUACUAAUAUAACAGAGACAAUCUUGUUUUCUUUGUUGCCAAAAAUGAAAAUUAGAUUAUCUGAGCCGUAUGCAAGAAACAAAAAGAAAAAAAAACAAAGAAAAAUGAAAAGUAACGAAGUUUAACGAUACAAUAUCGAGCUUAUUUACCGAGAGCCUGAUGAAUAAUUACAAUUAUACCUGAAUAGCGUGAUUUACGUAU